AUGAGGCUACCUUUGAGAUGUUCAUAUUAUCUCUUUUUAACAUUGGUAUUAAAAUCAAACGCAGCCGUCAUCCAAAACAAUGUUGAGGAGGAUCUUCGUGUGCGUGUGAGACGGCAAGAUGGGUACGUGUACAAUAAACCGAAUAUAUCAUUUGACUUGCCCUCGCAGUCCACUAUUGAGUCUACUCAAGCACCAACUGUUGACAGGAUACUGGAACAGCAAAUGUAUUACGCAUACCCAGCACCAGCGGGCGGAGAUGCCAUCAACAUUGGCAGCACGACUGGCCCUAUAAUCAGUACCACUGCUGCUGCUCCUGUCUCAGAGGGUAGCUCAUCUGGCUACAACUACCAAUCGUCAACAGGCGGUAGCGGGGGCUACAAAUAUGAAACGCCUGUUCCAGGUCCAACAGAAACUCAGGCAAAUAUUGCACCCCAAGUCUCGAAUACUGCUUCUCAAACAAUUCUAUCUAGUACAGCAUCUGUGACCAACUCUAAUAGUAAAGCCAAUUCUGAAUACAAUUACAAAGCCCCCUCACCAACUUUGUCACAAACAUAUCAAAGUUCGUCUGAGGUGUCGACAAGUGCUCCUAGAUACUUACCACCUGUCGGAGGCAGUGCAAGCAUUAGUUUAGGAGGAGAGGGUAAAAUUAACAUUGGCAGCGGUUCUGCUGCUUCUGGUGCCGGACCACUAAUCGGAUCCAAUAUUGCCACACAGACGGGUUCCAACUCUGUGGGAACUUUAUCAGAAAACUAUUUGCCCCCGUUGAUUAACAAUGUCGUUUCAACGAGCGAAACACCAGCAUCCAUAACUAUUAAUACUCAAACAAACUCAAGAGGUUCAAUUUCAGUUCCAAGUACAGCUUAUCUUCCACCAAAAUCAUCAUUAUCGUCAACGCCAUUACAAGCUCUAGGUCUUACAAAUACUUCGCAAAAUGCUGCCUCUGCAAAGGAAUACAUACCGCCUACAAAUACAGAAAAAACAUCUGGUACUGUGGCCACUCCUACGUCAGGCUAUUUGCCACCAAGAUUUUUUUAA